UUCCAUUUAAAUUCUAGAGCAGAUUCUAUUUGGGCUUCAGUUAGUUCAUAUCUAAAUUUGCUUACUAAUUUUGAAAAAUGCAUUUGCGAGAAGCUUUUUAAGAAUUACGUAGUUUCAUUGAAGCCAUUGUUGAGAAUACAGAAGCAGAAAGGCACUGGAUAUAAAAGAUUAAUUAUAUCUAAAUAGUUAACAUGCUUAGAAUCUCUUUAACAAUUUUUUUUGGAGUACUGGUUUGUACGUCAGCAUUUCCAAAACGGUCAAAAAGGGAAGCUUACGAUCUUCCAGAUGGAAUCAAUUUGCUGCUACAGGAUAUUAGAUCCACAUUUAGUUGCCAAGGUGAUGGAUACUAUGCCGAUGUAGACAACAACUGCCAAAUCUUCCACGUAUGUCAUGGAUAUCAAGAAGGUUCACCUAGACAAUGGAGCUUUGCAUGUGGAAAUCAAACUGUCUUCAAUCAACUCACCAUGACUUGCUCAUACCCUGAAGAGGCGAUUCCUUGCGACAGGGCACCCGAUUUCUUUUACCUGAAUGGCAACGUCCAGCAAGGUGAUCCUGAGGUGCCUUUCCUUCAGGAUCAGGAUGUGCAAAACGCAGCAGCAUUCAUACCUGGAUACAACAACCUGGCAGUCGACGAGCCAGCAAGACCAGGAAGAGGAUAAAGCUGCCAAAAGAUUAUUUUUUCUUGAUGACAACUGAGGACCAGACUGGGACUGUCGUUUGCUGGACAUGGUGUUGGGUUUGGUGUGAUGUAACGCGCUUAAUGCUGCUGGAGCUGUUUCUUCUUUCUGCAAGUGCUGGAUGGCUUUAUGCAUUGCAAGGCUUAUUUGUGUUGCAUACCAAAGUGAUAUUUACAUAACUGUUGGUUUUUAUUUAAUGGACUAUUAAAGCUGGUUAGAAAGAC